CUUUUUCAGGAUCCCUCAGUGACGCAGAUUACUGCCGGCAGCCAUGGAGGUAUUGAAGAAUUUAACCCUUUCACUGAAAGUUCACGGUUGACAACCAAUCAGAAGACGGUUCCAGUGCAGCCUGUGAUGCCUUCUCAGCCAGCUGUUCUUCAGCCAUCUAUAGAACCAUCACCACAGGCAGUAGCAAUGGCUGCACAAGCUGGCCUCCUUCAGCAACAGGAAGAGCUGGACAGGAAAGCAGCUGAAAUCGAGAGGAAGGAGAAGGAGAUGAAGAAUGUAAAUAUUAACUCUGCAGUAAGACAGAAUAACUGGCCUCCUCUACCUCCAAAGUGCCCGAUCAAGCCUUGCUUCUACCAGGACUUCUCUGGAGACAUCCCAGCAGAUUAUCAACGCACCUGUAAAAUGCUUUACUACUUAUGGAUGUUUCAUGGAGUCACUCUUUUCCUUAAUGUUCUGGCCUGCUUGGCGUAUUUCACCAGUAACACAGAAUCGGGUGGUGUAGAUUUUGGCCUGUCUAUCCUGUGGCUUAUUUUGUUUACGCCUUGUGCCUUUUUGUGCUGGUUCCGACCAAUCUACAAGGCUUUCAGGACGGACAGUUCCUUCAAUUUCUUUGUAUUUUUCGUUAUUUUUUUCUGCCAGACUAUCAUUUAUAUCAUACAAGCAGUUGGUAUCCCUCACUGGGGUGACAGUGGCUGGAUAAUGGCACUCACCAUGAUAAAAAGCAAUGUUGCUGUCGCUGUGAUUAUGAUGGUCGUGGCUUCCUUCUUCACUGUCUCUGCUGCCUUCUCUUUGUUCAUGCUGAAGAGGGUUCACUCAAUGUACCGCCGGACAGGUGCCAGCUUCCAGAGAGCACAGGAGGAGUUCUCCCAGGGUAUCCUCUCCAACCGCAAUGUGCAGAAUGCUGCUGCUGGAGCCGCCACCUCAGCUGCAAGGGGGGCCUUCCAGGGCAAUUGA